GGCAACCAGUGGCGGCAAGAUGGCGGCGACUGGCGAGCGGACUCCGGCUUCGCUCCAACAGCACCGGCACUUGCCGAGACGGCCGCCGCGAGACGGCUACGGCGUAUAUGUAUACCCAAAUUCUUUCUUCCGUUAUGAAGGAGAAUGGAAGGGAGGGAAGAAACAUGGUCACGGGAAGCUCUUGUUUAAAGAUGGAAGUUAUUAUGAAGGUGAAUUUGUGGAUGGAGAAAUCACUGGGGAAGGUUACCAACACUGGGCCUGGUCAGGAAACACCUACUCUGGACAGUUUGUCUUAGGAGAGCCACAAGGACAUGGCAUCAUGAAGUACAAAGCCGGAGGUCACUAUGAAGGGGAGCUCCUCUACGGCCUGAGGGAAGGACAGGGGUUUCUGGAGGACCAGGAUGGGCAGGUGUACCAGGGUUCCUUCCAUGACAACAAGAGACAUGGCCGUGGGAAGAUGAUCUUUAAGAAUGGUGACAAGUACGAAGGCGACUGGGUUCGAGACCAGCGUCAAGGACAUGGGGUGCUGUGCUGUGCCGACGGCUCCAUUUACGAGGGACAGUGGCACAGCGAUGUCUUCAGUGGACUGGGCAGAUUGUCGCACUGCUCGGGAGUCACUUACUGCGGGAUGUUUAUCAAUGGCCACCCAGCAGCACAGGCUAAGAAGAUUGUGGUCCUGGGCCCAGAGGUCCUGGAAGUGUUCCAAGGCUGUCCCUUCACGUUGAGUGUACAGCUGCAGCAAGAUGAUGGGGAAAUCGCCAAGAGUGAAAGUGGCCGGAUGCUGAAGAUCUCAGCGGGGGUCAGAUAUGUACAACUCCCAGCGUACUCUGAGGUCAGCUUCUUCAAGAUGGAUGAAGAUCACAUGGAGACGCCCAUCCAGACACCCUUGUAA